AUGGGGUCUUCUUCGCUAGACUCCGUGGACCUCUCAGAGAAUCGUCAGCCUGAACUUUAUGCACCUAUAACUAUCUGUUUCUUCAUUGCAUUAGUCAGCGUGGCUCUUCGCUUUUGGUGUCGUUGGAUCAACAAAGCAAGACUUUGGCUUGACGACUGGCUCAUCCUCUUCGCACUUGCAUGCUCUUUUGGUCUUGCUGUUGGGAUCCCACGAGGCCUCGGAAGGCAUGUUCAAACCUUUGGGCCUGAUGUCGUCAAAAUAUUUUAUAUUGGUCUUUUCAUCUCUGAGAUGACAUAUACUGGUGUCAUAGUUUUUGUCAAAUUCUCUAUCCUCGCCUUUUACUGGCGUAUCUUCAACAGGAGCGGAAGCAUCAAGCUCCCGAUAACCAUUCUCACGACAGCGGUUUUGAUGUGGGGUCUGGCAGUAUUUUUCCUUACUCUGUUGCAAUGCAUCCCAACUCGAGGCAUAUGGGAUAAAACUAUCCAGGCUUCUUGCAACGUAGACAGUCAAAAAUUCCUCUUCGCCAUCUCGAUUCCGAAUAUUGUAAUCGACGUUACCAUUCUCACACUUCCUAUACCUUACGUUAUCCGUCUUAAUGUUCCAAAGAGUCAAAAAAGAGCUGUGAUAACCCUCUUCCUACUAGGUGGUUUCGUUUGUGUCGCUUCUAUAAUGCGGCUCGUUGCAGUUGUCAUUCAGAAGGAUGACGCUGAUAUAUCCUGGAAUAUUGUUAACCAGAGCAUCUGGGCUACUGUUGAAGCUGAUGUCGCGAUAAUCUCAGUAAUUCGAAAAAGGUUUCUUACCGAACAAUCAACUUCAUCGUAUCAACGUGCGGCCGGAAGUACGCCGCCGAGGCGUAAGCCAUCUUCGUGGGCGACAUUGAUCCUCAGAUCCAAAGUCAACUAUGAGGAGGAUAGCUGGCCAUUCUCAGCUGUACACGGUUCUCUCGAAGGCUCUUCACGCUCUGGGCCCGUACAAGAGCUACAGGGGUCUAGCAUGGCCACAUCAAUCCCAUUGUCGGAUAUUCCAGCUCGGGAGAUUCAGAGCCCGGAUACCAUAAGAAUCGAAAAUACGUGGGAGGUAGAGUACAGCCAAGAGGUUCAGCCUGGGAACCAUACCUGA